AUGGGAAAAUCGAAGAAGAAGCCUAGCAAAAAAGGCGGCAAAAAGACGGCCAUGAAAGCCAAUAAUCUAUCUCGUGACGUCCUCGGUAAGAAGCGUAAACGCGAAGAACGCCCCAUUGGUCUUUCACGAUCUCCUGCUGCUGAAAAGAGGAGGAAACUGCGUCAAGAAAUGUUCGAACAGUGCUUGGAAUCUCCGGGUUUCAUGGAUAAGCGUGUUGGAGAACACAACGAUGAGAUUGGAGAAUUCCUCAAGGAUGGUGAGGAAUCAAGAAAGAAGCAAAGAUCCUUUUCUGGCGAUGAUCUUUGUGAUUCCUUCUCAGAUGUAUUUUGCCGUUCUUACAAACAAGAAGCCCUUGAACUUUGA